AAAUUUCUUCCUCAGGGAGAAGCACACAAAACCUUCUUUUGGGUAUUCUUCCCUCUCUUCCUCAUUACUUCUUCAUUCCUUUCCUUCUCCUUGACCUCUCUUUGGGGAAAGAAAGAAAGAAAGAACCAAACCGAUCCCACUGUUUUUGUCCCAAGAAAAAUGAAGAACCAACUGGGUUGCUGCCUCAAGUUUCUUGAGACUUCUAAACCCUACUUUGCUAUGAUCUCCUUACAAUUUGGCUAUGCAGGGAUGAACAUUAUUACCAAAGUCUCACUGAACCGUGGCAUGAGCCACUAUGUUCUUGUAGUUUAUCGCCAUGCUUUUGCCACUGCAGUUAUCGCCCCCUUCGCUUUCAUUUUUGAGAGGAAAGCACAGCCGAGGAUUACCUUUCCCAUUUUCCUGCAACUGUUUGUCCUUGGCCUUCUUGGACCUGUGAUAGAUCAGAACUUCUACUAUGCUGGGCUGAAAUUUACAUCUCCAACUUUCUCUUGUGCAAUGAGCAACAUGCUUCCUGCCAUGACAUUUGUAAUGGCAGUCAUAUUCAGGAUGGAGAAAUUAGACCUAAAGAAGUUGAGGUGCCAAGCAAAAAUAGCGGGGACUUUGGUGACAGUAGCUGGAGCAAUGCUCAUGACCUUAUACAAGGGUCCAAUAGUGGAGAUGGUGUGGUCUAAGCAUGUUCAUCCUCGAAAAUCCUAUGUUACCGAUACCACUGGAACCACUGACAAGGACUGGUUCAAGGGCUCCAUCCUCCUUAUCUUUGCUACCCUUGCCUGGGCCUCAUUGUUCGUUUUACAAACCAAAGCUUUGAAGACGUACAAGAAUCAUCAGCUUUCUCUAACAUCACUUGUGUGCUUUAUGGGCACCCUACAAGCUAUAGCUGUGACUUUUGUGAUGGAGCACAAAGCCUCUGUAUGGAGAAUUGGCUGGGACAUGAACCUUCUUGCUGCUGCCUAUGCUGGGAUUGUGACAUCAAGCAUUUCAUACUAUGUCCAAGGAUUGGUGAUAAAGAAAAAGGGUCCAGUUUUUGCUACUGCUUUUAGCCCCUUGAUGAUGAUCAUAGUAGCCAUUUUGGGUUCUUUCAUCUUGGCAGAAAAGAUAAAUCUUGGAGGUGUGAUUGGAGCCAUCUUGAUAGUAAUAGGGCUUUACUCAGUCCUGUGGGGGAAGCACAAGGAGAGGAUGGAGGAUCCUUAUGAGAUACCUGAACCAGUAAAGGGUGUUCAAGGGAAUGGCAAUUCAAUGACAACAAUAGAAGAUAUUGAGGCUAAUGAAGUUAUUGAUCUACAAAAAGCAGAAGCCAACAGCAAGUUGUCUGCAUUGGCCAUUAGCAUGCCUAUGCCCAUGCCAGAGCUUCCAAUUAAAGCCACUCAAGAGCCCAAAGACUAAUUAAGCAGAAGAAAAUUCUAUUGGGACUAGGCUUCUUUUUUUUUUUUUUUCUUAUGAUCAUUCCCCCCAUUUUGUUAUUAUCUUUUUUUUUUUUCUUUAAAGUGAUAUAAACAUGGGGCUUUGCAGUGUUUCUUCUUUUUCAAUUUUUCCUCUUUGCGCUGUGGUAUAUUUUGUACGAUGAAAUUAAAUGAGAGAAGCCAGAAAUUACCAUUUGCAUAAAA